AUGAAUGAAGCCUAUGAAAAUGUUAAAAAACAAUGGGAUGAUGUACAAUUAUUAAGAGAACAACAACAAUAUGGACAACAAACAGUUCAAAUAAGUGAAUUAAAUAGUAGAGAAUUAAAUAUUAGUUAUGAUGAAACUAUUAAAUAUUAUAACUCAAUUAAAAUGAAAACAGAAAUAGAAGUAGCAAGAGAUAAAUUAACAAAUUCAUCAUCAAAUUCCAUGUUUAGUAAAAUAUUUUCAUGUUUUUCAAAGACAGAUAAUGAAAAUAUAAGAAAGGAAAAAGAAUUUUUAAUAGCCUUAACACAAAUACCAUUAAAUCAUGAAAUUGAACAACAUGAAAGACAAUUAUUUACAAUAUAUAAAAAAAUAACAGGAGAUAAACAAAAUUGUCCAUCUAUUGGAGCACAUUGGGAAGCCAUUGGAUUUCAAGGAAAUGAUCCAAAAACAGAUUUAAGAGGAGUUGGAAUGUUAGGUAUUUUACAAUUAUUAUUCUUUGUUUAUAGUGAUGAAAAAACAACUCAAGAUAUUUAUUCUCUAUCACAAACUCAAUCAUUUCCAAUGGCUGUUGUUUCUUUAAAUAUUACUCAAAUGAUUUUAAAAAUGUUAAUUGAAGGUAAAUUAAAAUCAUUUAUUAACAAGUAUGAAGAUUCUGUAAUGGAUGCUUUUAAUAUUGCUUAUUCAAGUGCUUUUUAUAGAUUUUAUCUUGUUUGGAAAAGAGGUCAAAAAAGAAUUAUUGAUUUUGAUAAUGUUAAAAAGGAAUUAAUCAUUCAAGUUAAUAAGAAUUUAAAUGAAAUUAUUAAUGAAUAUACUUCAAUGGUUUUAAAGAGAGAAAUUAAUGUAACUAAUAAGGAUGAAAUUAUUGAAUUUCAAUAA